AUGACAGAAAUUAAUUUAUAUUUCAAUGCAGAAGAGGGUGAUUCUCAAAACUUGCUCAAGAAUUGCCCAAGUUUAUACAGUCCUAAAGAAGGUCUGAUAAGAUCAGAUUCAGAGUAUUUACCAUCUGUUAUUAAUGGUGCCACUUUUGAUCCUCCCAUUCUCUUGUGCCAUAGAAACCUUAUGAAUUUCUAUGCGAUGUUUGUAAAAAAGAAAUUAGAUUUAAAGAAAAAAAGAGAAUAUUUAUAUGCAGAAGAUGGCGGCAUGUUAUCAUUAGAUUGGUUUAACUUCGAUGAUGAAUGUGAUGAAACAACCCCAACGAUAGUACUAUUACCAGGUGUCGAAGGUAGUGGUAACUCUGUAUAUAUUAGAUAUUUUGUACAGAAUGCACACAAGAUGUAUAAUUUUAGAUGUGUAGUAUUGAACAACCGUGGUUUAGGUGGAAAUGAAAUAACUUCGGAUAAAACAUAUUCAUUUGGUAAAAUAGAUGAUGUCGAAUUCAUAACAAAUCAUAUUAAACAAAAGAUACCAAAAGCACAAUUGUUUUUGGUUGGUUUCUCUAUGGGUGGCAUUAUUUUGGUGAACUAUCUUUCAAAGGUUGGAACCAAUUCACCAUAUAGUGCGCACAUCUGUUACUCGAAUCCAAUGGAUUUGAAAGCCAGCUGGGAACGUCUUAUAUCGACGAGAACCAACAAGAUUUUCUAUGGUGGCAGACUAACAGCGAAAUUCAAAAAGAUGUUGUUAAAGUUUGGUCAUCGACUGGAUCAAUACGCAACAAAGAAACAAAUCAAGAAUUGCAAGACUGCAAUGGAUCUUGAUGAAUUAAUUACUAUAAAGAUGUUUGGAUAUCCAAGUGUUGAAGAUUAUUAUAAAGUUACCAGUCCAUCAAAUCAAAUUCAAAAUAUUAAAGUACCUUGUUUGUUUAUAUGUGCAAAAGAUGAUAACUUUAUUCCUUGGAGAAGUAUACCUUAUUCAAAGUUUAAAUCAAAUCCCAAUACAAUUUUAGCAAUGCCAAGAAAGGGUGGUCAUUUAGGUUUUAUUUCAAAAUCGGAUUGGGAAUCAUGGGCGGAUAGGGCAGGAAUCGAGUUUUUAAUGAAUUUUAUUAAUAAUGUUGGAACAGCAAAACAAUAA